AUGCUAGCCGGGCCAGCUGGCAAGGGCGCUAAUGCCAAACGCAGCAGGCAGGAGCAGAAAGGCCAGGCCAAGCAGCAAAGCGCACCCCAGCAGCAGCAGCAGCAGCAGUCACGGCGGAAAGCGGCGCCGGAGCUUAUUGAGGAGGAGGACGAGGAUGAAGAGGGCGUGAUUUACCUUGACGGCGACGACGACGACGACGACGACGAGCUGUCGGGCGAGGGUUUCGGAUUUGACGAGGGUGAUGAGCAGGACGACGGCGAGGACGGCGGCGGCUGGCUGGACGACGACGACUUUGAGGCGUGGGGCGACGACGACGAGCUCGGCAUCGGCAGCGGCGGCGGCGGCGGCGGCGGGCUGGGGGCCGACCAUGAUGAGCCGGUCCGCCCCGGCGCGGUGACGACCGGCGGCACGCCCUGGGGCGCCGCCGCGGUGGCCGCCGCGCGCGACGUGCUGGAGGGCACCCCCUCCCUCGCUGACGUGCGGCUGUUCGCGCUGCGCUGCUUCGCGUCCCCGCGGCGCCUGGACGUGCGGCUCGACAAGCUCACGGACAAAUACGGCUCCCCUGAGCUGGCCGACAUCGAGACCUUCAGCCGCCGCCUGGCGGCACGCCUGGAGGAGCUGCUGGGGGCCGAGGAGGCGGGGGAGAUAGUGCUGGAGGUGUCCUCGCCGGGCGCGGAGCGGGAGCUGCUGCUGCCUGGGGACCUCGCCAGGUUCGGGGGCCUGCCGCUGCGAGUGGAGUACGACGCGGCGCGCGCGGCCGUGGAGGGCGGGGCCAAGAAGGGCGGCAAGAAGGGCAGCGGCGGCGGCGGCGGCGGCGGCGAUGGCGGGCAGCAGCAGCAGGGGCAGCAGGGGCAGCAGGAGCCGGCGAGCGCUGCGCCGUCGCCGACCGCGGCGGUGCUGGAGCUGGUGGCGUACGACGAGGCGUCCGGCGCGACAGAGUGGCGCCUGGCUGACGUGCGCGCCAACGCGCCCGGCAAAGGGCGGGGGCUCAGCAAGCGGCAGCGGGAGCAGGUGGUGCGCAUGCCGGUGGACGCGCUCAUCGGGGCUCGCGUGCACGUCGACUUCUGA